UUUCGUGUUUGUUUAUCGCUGUUCUGUGUAGGAGGAUGGUGUGUUGAUGGUGGCCGGUAUUUCACGAAUUCAGUCUUUCCUCUGUUUGGUUGGUUGAUCGGUAGCGAGAUCUCAGCGGCUGACUGGAAACCUAUGUCACUGAAUAGCUCUCUCUCUCUCUGCUUAGGACGACCCACAAAAAUGCAGGCGGCGAUGAGAGGAAUGUUCCCGGCUUUGAAACCUAAUUACUCUUCCGCAACUUCCCAAUUCUUCCUCUUCUCCAAAAGACAUUUCUCUUCCAAGCUCUUCAUCAGAGGUCUCCCUUUCUCCAUGACGGAUCAAAUGUUAGCUGAUGCAUUUUCUGAGUUCGGCAAGGUGGUGAAAGCUGAAGUAAUCAAGGAUAAAGAUAAGAAGAAAUCGAAAGGUUUUGGGUAUGUUACCUUUGACUCCGAGGAUGAAGCCCAGAAGGCAUUGAGAAGCACACACGGGAAGGUAGUAACAAACUUUUGCUACACUUUGUUUCCAUUAGUCACAAACAGUCAGAAUCUGCAUGAUUGCUUGCAGCCAAUGCAUGGGCGUGUCGUCUUUGUAGAUAAACAAGAGUGAUGCUGCGAAUGCUAUCAUUAAAAGAUUGAUGUAAAAAGUUUCAAAGAUAUGAGAUACUGCGCACGUUCACCUCGUCAAAGAAGACAAUGUGGAGUGUGAUCAACUGGCCAAGUUCAUGAAGUUCAGCAUAUUGGUCAACAGAUGCUGAUCCAUGAAGAUGUUUAAUGAUUGACUGCUAGUUGAACUUUCCUCUUGUUGGAGAAGGCUGAUUAGGGACGAAUCAGGUCUGUAAAGCAACCUUCAAGUUCUGUACAUGAGUGACACCAUAUCUCCAAAUUAGGGUUUGACAUUCUAGGGUGAAUGGGAUUUUGAUCGAGACGGCUCAAUGUACUGUGAUUGCAGCAUCACUCACUCAUUUUCGGUACUUAAAUGUUAAAUCGUGAGUUGUGUUCUAACUUCAAAGUCGGGCAAUUUCACUAUCAGCAAGUCAAGAACUUGUUUGUGUUCGUGAGUGAAUUAUAAAAGGCUGA